AUGGGAUAUUACAUUUCUGGAAGUGCUAACAUUACGUGUCAGGCGUCUGGGGAAUGGAACAGUUCAACUCCUCUUUGCACCAAAUACAACUGCGGAAAUCUAGAGAUUCCAGCUGACGGAAGCAUAUACAACUCAUCAGGAACGGAAUACGGAGCAACUGCAUAUUUUUCAUGUAGAGAUGGAUAUUAUCUGACUGGUAGUCCAAACGCUACGUGCAACGCAACAGGCCAAUGGGAUAACCCCGAACCGAAUUGCACCAUAUACGACUGUUUUUCCUUGAACAACAUAACAAGUGGAUAUGUAGAUACUCCCGAUGGAACAACUUUUGGAGAAACAGCAACUUACGCAUGUUUUCCCGGAUAUGACCUCAUCGGAAAUGCUACUACGCAGUGUCUUCAUGGCGGAGAAUGGAGCUCCAAACCACCGAUCUGUGUCGUUAAAGAUUGUGGGAAUGUUACUUUACCUGUUAACGGUUUUGUGGACGAUACGAACGGAACAACCUUCGGCGAAAUCGUUAAAUACAGUUGUGCAACAGGGUACGAUCUGGCUGGAGACGCGUCUAGAAUAUGUGAAGCCGACGGGACCUGGAACUCUUCUGAUCCUAAGUGUGAAAUUCAUGAUUGCGGUAAUCCUGGAAGCGUGGAUAAUGGGAACGUGCAUGUCAAAAACGGCAGUACCUACCAGAGUUCUGCUUUGUAUACUUGCCGCAAUGGAUAUAUGAUUUCCGGCGACAAUGCGUACAGAAUGUGUACACCGACCGGCUGGGAAGAUCCGGCCCCUGAAUGUGUUAAGGAAGCUUGUCCUUCACCCCCAAUUACUAUGAACGGAACGAUUAUACUGUUGGACAACAGUACGUUGGUUGGAAGUAAAUACAAAGUCGCUUGCGAUCCAGGUCUUAUACCGAAACCAGGCGGUCCACGAACAUGCAAAACAAGUCUGGAGUGGACAGGUCGUAAUAUAACGUGUGAAAUACCUGAGUGUAUACCGCCAAUCCAGUACGGUGCAAAUAUAACGGUAAAUGGUUCACGACCUGGCGAUUUCGCAUUUUAUGAGUGUUUACCGGAUUUCAACAUGUCGACCACAGAUGCUUACCGGACAUGUUUGAUUACUGAGUUAUGGAGUGAUCCCGAGCCACUGUGUUUAGGGCGAGAUUGCGGCGAAGUGGAAACUAUAACAAACGGUUCUGUGUUGACCCCUAAUGGAACACGGCAUCCCUACAGUAUAUAUUACGUGUGUGACGAAGGCUUUAACAGUGUUGGAGACAGUAUUAGAACCUGUCAGGUUAACGGGUCGUGGGAUAAUUUGAAACCUAAUUGUAGCAUAGUGGAUUGCGGUCCACCUCCAACACCUGUAAACGGGUCUAUUGCGGAGCUCCUCGGCACUUCAUACGGCAACAAUAUACCUAACGGAAAUGUUUCUACACCUUCUGGGACAGCUUUCGGACAGAACGCAUCAUAUACUUGUAACGAAGGUUAUAAAUUAACUGGUGGUUCAACCAUCACAUGCAACGCAACAGGCCAAUGGAAUGGUCCGGUACCGAAAUGCACAAUAUACGAUUGUGGUGAACGUAACUUAACAAAUGGCAUCGUAAACACAUCCACCGGAACACAGUAUGAGGCAACUGCUUACUUCUCCUGUAAUGAUGGAUACUAUCUGAUGGGUAGUCCAGACGCUACUUGCAACGCAACAGGCCAAUGGGACAAUCCUUUACCGAAUUGCACAAUAUACGAUUGCGGUGAACCUUACUUAACAGACGGUGUCGUUAACACAUCCAGUGGAACACAGUAUGAGGCAACUGCUUACUUCUCCUGUAAUGAUGGAUACUAUCUGAUGGGUAGUCCAGACGCUACUUGUAACGCAACAGGCCAAUGGGACAAUCCUUUACCGAAUUGCACAAUAUACGAUUGCGGUGAACCUUACUUAACAGACGGUGUCGUUAACACAUCCAAUGGAACACAGUAUGAGGCAACUGCUUACUUCUCCUGUAAUGAUGGAUACUUAUUGACAGGUAGUCCAGACGCUACUUGUAACGCAACAGGCCAAUGGGAUAAUCCUUUACAUACAACUUGUUCUCUUGUUGACUGCUUCACACCUGAUGAAAUAUCUAAUGGAAAUGUUUUUACGUCUUCGAUGACAACAUUUGGACACAACGCUACAUAUACUUGCAGCGAGGGUUAUAACCUGACCGGAGCGCAUAUAAGAACAUGUCAAGGAAACGGAUCUUGGAGUUUUGAUACACCAUCGUGCUUGCUAGUUGAAUGCGGGGAUUUGCUCCCUCCGACAAAUGGAAACAUUGCUGUUUCCACUGGAACGACAUUUGGACAGCAAGCUGUAUAUUCGUGCCAACACGGUUACGACCUUAAUGGAGCCAACACUCGGACGUGCACCGCUAACGGCACCUGGAGUGGAUCACCACCGGGCUGUAUAGGUAUUGUAGCAAAUAUUGAUUAA